AUGAGUAGGAGAGAACAGGAAAAUAGAAAGAGGAAGGCUGCAACUAAAUCUUGCCAGUCUCUCGAUACAUGGGUCAGUAAAGUACCCCGUCAAGAGCCAUCAGACGCUGACAAUGACAGUGCAGUCUGCGAUGACAGCCCAGCUGAAACCACGACUUCAGAUCUAUCUCAGUUAACUUCAAUUUUACAGCGAGAUAUAGAAGGUAAAUCAUACUUAUUUUCGAAAUGUCCACAGGGCCGUAGCCAGACUUCAUAACAAGAGGAGGCAAGUUUCGAGCGCCGAAGGCGUGAGCCGCUAGGGGGGUCUGGGGGCAUGCCACCUCGGAAAUUUUUGAAAUCUAGAGGCUCAGAAAUGCUCUGGUAAGCACUUCCCGUGGCAUUUUUCUUCAGAAAAGUCAAUCUUGGGCAAGUGUAGAAGUUCACUUUUUUGUUGCUUAGCGACACUGAUGCCAAGUUAAUGACCAUCUGCAUUUUAAAGCAUUCAAAAGUUGUGACACGUAUUAUAACAAUAAAAUGAAUCCACGAGAGUAGCCAACGUUUAUGGAAUUUAUACUGUAGAUAAUUAGGAGAAGUCUUAGGUAACACUUUUUUUUGAAGUUAGCUCUAAUAGAUGAUGUACAGAAUCACGCUCACUUAUCAAUUAUCUGUUUCGAUACACUCUUGCUUAUGUUCUUCAACUUUGAGAUAGCCAUGUCAUAAUAUUGCCAUCUCUUAUACCUGUAGGACUAAGAAGCCACUAACUUUCACGAUUAAGAGUAGUAAACUUCUCCCUUAACAGUUAGUAUAGUGAAAGUUCUUUGCCCGUCGUUUAUUCUGUACCGAAAGCUACGGGAAUCCGUCUGUGGCCAGAGGCAUCCCAUCUCUUUAAAACAGAACUGCUGUCAAUUUCCGUUGGUUUAUGAAUGUACGCUAAAGCAAGCCCGUUCAGCCUCCCAUUAACCAUGCUUGUUCGAGACCAGGUUUUAAGCCUUCUCAGUGAGCUGAAGUUUCUUAAAACAAAUAAAGGCCAAAAUCAAGACGAGGCAACUGCCUCGUCUUGCCUCAUGCUAGCUACGGCCCUGGUCCACCAGUCUUGAUCCUAUUAUUGUGCUCGGAGAUUUAGUCGCUAUUCCUCGAUAUGAAACAAACUCGCUUAAUAAAAAGCCAGUGAGGGAACACAGCAAACUCGUCCCCAGGGCUUUUCCCUUAAAAAAUGGGUGGGGCGCCCGCCGCACCCAUUUUUUAAGGGAAAAGCCCUGGGGACGAGGUUGGGAACACAGAGUAACAAUUCGGAGAGGGACUGGGAGGGUUAAUCUAAGGCAGCAAUCCACAGGCAUCCCAAACCAUCAAAACAGAAGUUUUCGAGACACAAAUAGGGAAAAUACAUUUUAUGACUCUUUUAUGUUUCUUUUGGUCUCUUAUCGUCAUUUCCUGAUGUCAUAGCAAUAUUCUAUGAAAAGCUGAUGUGUACUUUCUUUCGAGUUGUGAAUGUGAAAGAAGUGCGAGUUCUUUAAGGCGGCUGCAUACAUAUAACAGGGCAUGCAUGGGCCAGGAAAGGCUGUCGUCCCUCGCACUAAUGCACAUACAUUAUCAAGUUAAAAUUGUUUUGGAUGAGGUGGUACAUCUGUUUGCCACCAAACACCCUCGGAAGCUGGAGCUCGGGACUACUCUGAGGGAUUAG